UCUCACCAACACCACUAAGAUAACACUAUCAUAUGAUGAGAUAUGUCUCACUUUCCCUUUCUCUAUAUAUAACUUCCAAUCAAAUUCAACACUUCUUGAUUUAAGUGUGUCAAACCUCUCAAACCAUUUCAUAGCAUAAAAGAUGAGAAGAGUACAUAUUGAUGAUAAUGCUUCAGGGGAAAAUAAUCUUCCCAUGCUUAAGCUUUUAGAUUCUUCUCUGAGGCUUUGUUCAGUUCCCCUAUCUCUUGCAACCAUAUGGAUUACUGUGACUAACAAGCAGGACAACACUAGCUAUGGAACGUUGAAAUAUAGUGACAUUUCUGGUCUCAAGUAUAUGAUUUUUGUGAGUGCUCUUUGUGCUGGUUAUGCUAUUGUUGCUGCAGUUUGCUCAUGGGUUAGAUAUCUAAUGACCAAAGCAUGGAUUUUCUUUAUAUCUGAUCAGGUUGUAGCCUAUUUAAUGGUCACAUCAAUUGCUGCUACAAUGGAGAUAUAUUACCUUGCUUAUAAUGGUGCUAGAGAAGAUUCUUGGAGUCAAGCCUGCAGUUCUUACGGAAAAUUUUGCAGCAAAGUGAAGCUGGCUUUGAUCCUCCAUAUGAUUACUUUUGGCUGCUUCUUUGUUUUAGCCAUAAUUUCAGCUUUUAGAGCCUUCAGUGUGUUUGAUCCUCCUUCUGUCAACUCUCAAGAAGUGUAUGAAGAUAGACAUUAGUUGGAUGCUUGGUUUUGUAGAGACUAUUUGGAUGGUUGCUUGUAGUUCUUCAUGCUUUUCUCAUACUUUAUAAUAUUUAUGAAUUUAAUGAAUAUAGGGAAAAACAUAAUACAUAUUAGUAGACAGUAGUAUAUCAAUAUUUGCUUUUCCAAA